CGCUUCGGCGCUGUGCAUCGGUCUUAACUUUGGCUCCCAGCCACAUCCACCCGUAUAGAUCCAUCAUAGUUCGUAUAUAUCCUAGCCGGUUGCAUCGUCCUGUAGGCGGCUGCACUGCGCCUGUGCUGGCCUAAAAGGCCAAGAGUUUGUGAAAAGUUUCUGGCAGUCGAGUUUUAUGUUUCGUUUGGAUAGGAUCGCCGUGUUUUUUUGGUUCAAAAAUAUAAGAAGAUAAUAUGGCCCGUACCAAGCAGACAGCCCGUAAGUCUACCGGAGGAAAGGCUCCUCGUAAGCAGCUGGCCACCAAGGCUGCUCGUAAGUCGGCGCCAUCCACUGGCGGAGUGAAGAAGCCCCAUCGUUAUCGUCCCGGAACUGUGGCUCUUCGUGAAAUCCGUCGUUACCAGAAGUCGACCGAGUUGCUUAUCCGCAAGCUGCCUUUCCAGCGACUUGUUCGUGAAAUCGCUCAGGAUUUCAAAACCGAUUUGCGUUUCCAGUCUGCAGCCAUUGGAGCCCUGCAGGAAGCUUCUGAGGCGUACCUCGUGGGUCUCUUCGAAGACACCAACUUGUGCGCUAUCCACGCCAAGCGCGUGACUAUCAUGCCCAAGGAUAUCCAGUUGGCGCGCCGUAUUCGAGGCGAGCGUGCUUAAGAAUCAUUUAGAGGAGUAGAACAGAAGGGUCGUACACUGUCGUCCAUUCCCAAACAACAAACUAUUCGGAUUUUCAUUUCGUUGAGGGAGAGGAGCCAAAUGAGCACCAGUGACGCUUUGAUAAGGCCAUUCUAUCAUCAUAUUUACAUGUAUACAUUUAUCAUCCUUUUGUUGUUUAAUCGGAUCGUCAGAAUGUCGAUGCGAAAAACACCAUACACAAAACGACACACAACAUUACUGUAAUGCUAAACAUAUUUGUAACUCUUAUUAUUACUAUUAUAUAUUAGUUAUAAGGUUUUUUUUCUCCACCAUGUGUCUGCGGUUUGAUCUUGUCGGAGUGUCGCGCUUUUUCCACCCAAUUCCUGGUCCACCACUUUUGGAAGGGGAUUCUCCUGGUCUGCCGUCGUCGCCUGUCCGUCUGUAACAUCUGCCACCAACAACUCCAACAACUGUUCAGCUGGUGGACACAGGUUUCCAGAAAUCCGUGGUCUUUAAGGCGCCUGUUUCCUUUUUAUUUUUUUUUUAAUAAGGAGGGAGCUCAACAUCUGGCUGCCGGGACUGCGGAACUGGAGAUCGGUGUCAUCAAAACGCCAACUGGACGUGGUAAGGCGGACAGACGGCGGCGGACCGAACAGUGGAUAUUCCUGGAUCCUUGGAAGGGCGGCGAGAACGUUACAACCUAGUAGUCAAACCGUAGGCACAUGGCAUUUAAUGAAGAUGGUAUCCACAUAUAACACCGAAGACCGAAUUGAGUACACUUAACUUUUACACUUACGUAUAUUCAUAUAUACAAAAAUAUAUAUAAAUAUCUAUAUAGAAAACAAAAACACUA